UGCAAAUAAAAAUGUUAAAUACAUAUAAAACUAACAAGAAGCAGAAGCAGCAGUAGCUUGAUUUAUGGCGGUGAAUAUUCGUAAUGCUGUAAUAGCAUUUCUAGUUCCUCUUCCUUCCAUUCUCUUCUAUCUCUCUUUCCUCGGCCAAUUCCGUGAUCAUCCUCUCAUUGCUCCAGCAGGCGAAAGCAAUUCUCUUUCGCCUUUGUGGAUAUGGUGCUAUCAACACCCACUACUAUUGGCUAACGCCCUCUUUUUCCUCAAUGUUAAUCUUUCUUUCUGGAUAAUUGGGCUUCUCCAGUCGAGCCAUUGGAUGAUAGAUCUGUAUUGGACGGUCAUCCCAUUGUUGCUGGUGCAUUACUUUGCGACUCAUCCAUUGGCAGAAUAUAAUCUUUUAAGGUCGAAUCUUGUGAUAUUUUUGACUUGGACUUGGAGCGUUCGACUUACUCAUAACUACUUCCGCCGGGAAGAAUGGCAGUGGGGUGCUCGGGAGGACUGGAGAUUUACCGAUAUGAGGCGGCAAUAUGGCAAAAACUGGUGGUGGGUUUCUUUCUUUGCCGUUUACCUAUCUCAGCAGGUUUUUCUGAUGGGAAUAUGCAUGCCCCUCUAUGUUGUCCAUUCCAAGAACAAGGACUUAAAUAUCUGGGAUGUAGUUGCUGCCAUAAUAUGCUUGGCUGGCAUUGUCAUCGCGUAUCAUGCGGACACACAGCUUCACAGUUUCGUUACUACGAAUAAUGAACUGAAACGGCUUGGCCAGCCUGUGGUGCCCAAUCUUGACAAAGGCCUAUGGCAGUACUCGAGGCAUCCAAACUAUUUUGGGGAGCAGUUAUGGUGGUGGGGACUGUUUAUCUUUGCGUGGAAUUUGGGUUGUGGCUGGAGUUUUAUUGGUACCCUUAUUAACAGUAUGUGCUUAGCAUAUGUGACUGUUCUUGUGGAGAAGAGAAUGCUGGAAAAAGAUUACAGGGCUGUUGCAUAUAGACGGUACCAGAAAACAACAUCAGUGUGGAUACCAUUUUUCAAGAAAACGUACUCUGGAGGGAAAGACAAGAAAAUAUGAUCACACAUUUUCAACUCGCUUGGAUAGACGUGGGUGGAAUAAUAAGCUGGCCUCCCGCUGAAGAAAGAAACACUUCCAACGAUCUUUGACUAGGUGGGGUAGGUUUCUUUAUAUCGAGGUGCUUUGUGAUUAAUUGUAUGUCUCUCUUUGAAGGAGUGUAUAUACUUGCAUUACAUAGUUGUCUUGUGAAUGUUCAUGUAUUUUGCUUUCAAUCUUUAAGUUGAAUCAAUUAUGGAUUGUUGGAAUACAGUUGCCAGAAAUUUGAUUCCCCCCUUUUGAAGA